UAUUAAGCUUAUUUUACAUAUUUAAACCUUUGAGGUUGCCCACAACUUUUACCAAAUUUCUUCCCUCAAACGCCAACUUUUCUCUCUCCAUUUCUCUAGAAACCUGUUCUGUCUCGCCCAAUCUGGAAUUUUCAAACACAACCAAAUCAAAUAAAAAAAUUAGAACUUUUUAAAAAAAAAAAAAAAGCAUUCAAAAAAUAGAUAGAAAGUAAAAAAAGUCAUGAAAAUUCAGUGUGAUGUUUGUAGCAAAAAAGAGGCAUCUGUAUUUUGCUCAGCAGAUGAAGCAGCUCUUUGUGAUGGAUGUGAUCACAAAGUCCAUCAUGUCAAUAAACUUGCUUCUAAACAUGAACGCUUCUCUCUCUUCCUUCCUUCUCCCUCUCAUACUCCCAUCUGUGAUAUUUGCCAGGAGAAAAGGGCACUUUUAUUUUGUCAACAAGAUAGAGCAAUAUUAUGCAGAGAUUGUGAUAUUCCACUGCACACAACAAAUGAAUACACACAAAAGCAUAAUAGGUUUCUUUUAACUGGGAUUAAACUUUCUGCAAUGAUUUCUGAUCAAAUCAAGAAAAAUAUAAGCAAUGGGUGUGAAUCAAGUGACCCAGUUCCUGAUUUUAAGUCUACCAAAAGAUCAAAUGCUGUUUGUUCUGAUAAAAAUCCUAAUUCAUCAGCAGCUGAAUCUGUUAUUACAAAUAGUAGUAAUAGUACAGUUACUUCAUCCAAUUUUCAGAUGAAUAAUUGUGGAUCAACUAAUAAUAUAUCUGAGUAUUUGAUGGAUAUGCUACCAGGAUGGCAUUUUGAUGAUUUGGUUUUUGAUGCUGCUACACCUGUUCCUUUUGGAUUCAGUAAUAAGGGUAUAAACAACCAUGAAUUCGCAUUAAACGAAGAUGUAUUAUCAUUUUUUGAUGUUGAAAAUAACAAGGAGUUGACAAGUUCAGCACAAUCUGAGACUUUCUGGGUACCUGAUGCAGCCCCAGCAACAGCUGCUAACAAUAAUUUGAUGGGUCAUCAGUCUUCAUCACUUGAACAUAACACAAAUGGAUUAGUUUUGAAUCAUGGGACAAUCCAGCAGCAGCAUCAGGAAGAGACAUGUGUCACUAACAACAAAUUGAACAGGAAUUAUUUGAAAGAUGAUGUCUUUACUGUCCCUCAAAUCACUUUAUCUUUAGGGUCUAAUAAGAGAACAAGACCUUUUUGGUAGUUAUCACACUCCUUCUAUAAUUUCUUUGUGUUUUUUUUUUUUUGGCUUUUUUGGGUGGGGAUAAGGGUGCUUUGUAUCUUGCAAUGGAUUAGUUGUACUUGUUACUAAAGUGUGGAAUAAUGUUUGCAACUUUAAGAAUCUUUUCACCUUCAUUUAC